UAGACACUUAUUAUUAUUCCUCGGUGAAGGGCUGUAAUGAGCUACAGGAGAUACAACGGGAAACAGUAAAUCUGACAGUUUUCUCCAGCGGCAACAAGCCAUUUUGGGGGAUUGAAUAGCAUGUACAAACUUUUCUAAAUUCAGUUUUUAAUUCCUUUUGCUACUUAUAGACGUUUUUUUUUUUCUUCCGACCGAGCUAACUUGUCCUGGGUGAUUUUAAAAGUCGCCGUUUGAACAGUGAAUGUGGGACUUUAGGGUGAAACUUUUCCAUGGGCGUCCUCCGUUUUGCUUGUUGUCCAGAAAAGCUGAAAAGACUCGUGCAGCCAAGCCAGGAGACGCCAAAUUGUCGUCAAAAUUAGACAACACUCUCAGACUCGUCCUUUGAAGGUGAAAGGUUUCUUGCUUCAUCCAAAACCGAGCACACCAUCUAAACAACAUGCCAUUCCAUUUUGGUGGGGGUUCCCUUUUGAGGCCUCAGAAGAGUCCAGCAGAGAUUGUGAAGAAUCUCAAGGAGAAUGUGGCCUGCUUAGAGAAGCUGGAAACAUCUGACAACAAGAAGAGUGAAAAGGUUGCUGAGGAAGCUUCAAAGAAUCUAGCUUUGUUGAAAGAGGUGUUGUCUGGUACUGGAGACAAGGAGCCUCAAACAGAAGCAGUGGCCCAACUGGCACAGGAGCUUUACAAUACCAACCUCUUCAUUGCCCUCAUAGCCAACCUGCAGAAGAUCGACUUUGAGGGAAAGAAGGAUGUGGUUCAUCUGUUCAGCAACCUAGUGCGGCGUCAGAUUGGCACCCGCACACCCACUGUCGAGUACAUUUCCUCCCACUCUCAGAUCCUCUUCAUGCUGCUGAAAGGCUAUGAGAGUGCAGAAGUGGCUUUGAACUGUGGCAUGAUGUUGAGAGAGUGUCUCCGUCAUGAGCCCUUGGCCCGCAUUGUUCUCUUCUCUGAGGACUUUUAUCGUUUCUUCCACUAUGUGGAACUCUCCACUUUCGAUAUUGCCUCAGAUGCCUUUGUUUCAUUUAAGGAUCUUCUAACAAGACACAAAAUAAUGUGUGCGGAUUUCUUGGAGACGAAUUAUGACCGAGUAUUUACAGAGUACGAAAAGCUGCUGCAUUCUGAAAAUUACGUCACCAAACGGCAGUCUGUAAAGCUCUUGGGAGAGCUCCUGCUGGACAGACACAACUUCACAGUCAUGACCAAAUACAUCAGUCGAGCCGAGAACCUGAAACUCAUGAUGAACAUUUUGAGAGACAACAGCCGCAACAUCCAAUUUGAAGCUUUUCAUGUCUUUAAGGUGUUUGUGGCAAACCCGAAUAAGACACAACCUGUUUUGGACAUCCUGUUGAAGAACCAGUCCAAACUGGUGGACUUCCUGAGCCAAUUCCAAACAGACCGCUCGGAGGACGAGCAGUUCUGCGAUGAAAAGAACUAUCUCGUCAAGCAGAUACGAGAUCUCAAGAGGCCUGCACCACCGGAGCAAGCAUAAAGGACAAAAGAACAGGACUGUACAGUUGGGAUGGUGACCUGUUUUGUGCAGUUGAGGAAAUAACAAAGAAAGAAUGACAAACAUGCCUCUCUCUCAGAUCCCCUUUUGUUUGCAGCUGACCUCCAAAAUGUGCAACAAAAAUUGUUGUAGUAAUAUGUGCGAGCUCAGUAACCCUAUUCACCCGACACCCCCCCGCCCCCCGCUUAGGAACAAGUAUGAAUUUGCUGUGUGAAAAGCAAGAGGGACCCAAGCACUCUGUUUAUACUCCAAAGCUUUUCCCACGUUUGUGAAACAUUAUUUGAUGGAUUAUUUUGAGCUGAUUUUCUGACAUAAGUCUCUCUGCAGCUCCUGACUGUGAAGUUUAUUUUAUCUAUGGUAUAAAAGCAGUUUAAAUAAUUACUUCAAUCCUUUCCAUGGCAGUUAAUGUUUCUUUUUUUUCUUUAUAAUGAAGCAGGAAGUGAAGUGCUUAAGGAGUAACAUCAUUUCACAUAGUCAUUUCUACUACAUUAUAAAAAGUCUUAGGUAGGCUCUUAAAGCUGUUUUAGGGUUGCAGUAAAAGCAAAUGGUAACAAAGCAUUUAAAGCAAAGGUGUAUAUCACAUAUGUCAUGAAUUUAGAACAUAAGGCACUUAAAAAAAUGUAUGCCAGCCUUAUCAUAAUAAUUCAAUCAGUUUCCCUUCUCCCGAAAAGACAACUUUAAAAAUCUUUCAAAAGUGAAUUUCCAGCAAAGUUGCCUAUAAUUGAGAACUUGCAGACUUUAUAGGUUUACUCUCUCAUUCCUGACCAUAUGCUUACUUUCCUGAGUGGUACAUUAUUUAAAGUGCAUUGAUUGGUUAAUUCUCUCAAAUAGCUUUAUACUAUUAUUCUGAUUUAGUUUGGUCAGCAUGUUAUUUUAACUCGAUGUGAGGCUAUUUAUGAUCUAGAUUUUAAAAAAUGGGUAUUGUUAAAUUUAUUAGCUGUGAAACUAAUUCUUGGUAUGCAUAUUUCACUGAUUAUACACAUAACAUGGAAUGUUUAACCUCUUCACAUACACUGUAAAAUUGUAAGAAUGAUGAUUACAGAUCCAUGUCUGAUUCUUCUUAAGUGCUGCGUUUUGAAUUUCAGCUUAUGCACAUGAACUUGGAGACCACUGAAGCCUUUAACAAAUGCCUCCAACAUACAUGCAUGCAGACACACACACACAAACCCCCACAUUUAACACCAUUUUCAUACCAUUAUCUGUACUGUCAACCUUGAAUGAGUCAAAACUGUGGUAAUGUGUUGUAUCUUAAGAUUGUAUUUUUAGGUUCAGAUCCGUUUUGCACUUACACCUUGGUUAUUGGAAGGCCUUUUUGAAUAGAAAUGCAAAACAGGAUUCUACUGAAAGCCUUCAUUGAAUUGGUGAGUUUAUCGUAAGUUCCACCUUGUAUUCAAUGUACUCUGUUUGCACAAAUUCUUCUCUUAUAUACCUCAUAGGUUUUGAGUUGCUUAAGUGCUGUGUCCUUAAGUGUCCUUUCCCUCUCUUUUAAGUUUCAUGUUAAAUUUCUAUGAUGUUAGUGUCAUAACAUCAUAAUUUUUUGCCCAUCAGUUGCUAAAUAGUAUCUACAAGGGGGAAAACAUUAACUGUGACAUGUGCUGGCAUGGUAUGGUACUUUUGAAUGUGAGUGUGCUGAUAUUUUUCUCAGUGUAUGCGGAUGUUUUAGUUCUGUGAGGAUUAUAGAGUAAAAAUCCCUUUUAAUAUAGCAUGAUUGUGCCAAGACAAGCAGAUGUGAACAGCAAGCAGAGUGCAGGGUUUAAUAAGAUCAUUAGAAGUACAUUUUUGCCCUUUGUCUUUUACAAAUUAAGUGUGACUGAACCUCCAUCACACCAAGAUGUCUUUCUGUACUCUCAGUACAAGCUUAUAUUAGUUUGUCCUAUAAAGUUUAAACCUGUAUAAUAGUCAAAUUCAGGAGCAGUGGGUCAAAAAUGUUCAGCUAAAUAGUUUAUAUUGUGUGCUGGAGUUUUGGACAGGAUGCAAAUGCCAACCUUUGUCACCCAGUUUUAAUAACUGAUAUGUAUCUGUUGAUGAAAGUGAUUGAGAAUGACAAUGUCCAUUGCUUACUAAAUUAUUGUUUGGGGUUUCUGGCUUCAAGAUUGGGCAUAAAUAUAUGUUUUACUCUA